GGUGGGGGGUGGGGGGGGUGGGGGGCGGGGCGGAGCGAAAGGCGCGCGGGCCCCGCCCCUCUCUCCCCGAGUGGGGAAACUGAGGCCGCGAGACGGAAAGAGGGCCCCAGAGCGCUGGUAGAGGGGCACGUGCGCCCUGGGGCUGCAGAAGCACUUGAGCCACGUCCAGCAGCAGUGAGAAAGCGUGAUGACAAUGCUGCGUAUUAGUUUGCGCGACAGCGGUGGUAAUAAAUCACUAGCACACCUUGCGUGGCCCCUCGGUACCUCGAUGAGCCCAUGACGCCUUCGCUUCCCUAAAGCUUCGCCGUUGACAAAGGGAAUUGAGGACAGGAGAGCAGGGCAGAUCAUGGGCUGUCCGUGGACGUGAGCGGGUUGUUGGAGGCUGGAAUGUUGCUGUCUCCGGUGCAGCCUGUCACCAGCCAAGGGGUCUGCCACAUUCCACACCGGCCAGAUUUCCAGUCACAAGGCUCUCUCCCUCUGAGCAGGCUGGUUUUCCUGAGGAUGAGGGAGCCUCGCCCCUGGGGGAGAUGCGUGGGGGCAACGCUCACUUCUGCCUUCUUUCUCCUGGGCUGCUGGGGAUGCUCCGAUUUCCAGCAGCAAUUUCUCCAAGCUUUGGAGCCAGAGGAAGUGACUUCUUAUUUUGGCCCCGAUGCUACCUUAGAAGUGCUGCAAUUCGACAUGGCCCCGCUCACCUGCAUCUGUGAGGAUGGGCCCGGGGGGCCUCCCUGCAGGGCCCCGAGCUGCUCUCUGCUCGCCCUGGGACAGCUCUUUGCCUUCUCCUUCCCGCCGGAGCGGAGCCUCCUCACCGCCUCCUUCACCAGCGAGCACGUACUGAACGCCUCCCUCCGGCUUGAGAGGCGGCCUCCCCAUCCCUGCUUCGCGGGAGGCCGCCCCCUGCUGCCCCUGGGCGCAGUGGCCAGGGUCACCUACUGCUCAGGCCACUUGGAGGGCGACAUCCUGGUGGGCGCAGACAGGUUCCGCGUCCAGCCGGUGAGGAGGCGGCAUUGGGAGCUGCUGCCUCCCCGGGUUCGUGCGCAGCCCCACCUGGUCCACAGGCCCAGCCCCGAGGCCCCCCAAGUCAUCCGAGGCCGUCCUCCUUCCCCUCGCCUUCGCCUCCGGAGAUGGGCUGCCGGCAGGGUCCUGCACCUGGAGCUGCUGGUGGCCGUGGGCCCCGACGUCUACCAGGCUCACCAAGAGGACACUGAGCGCUACGUGCUCACCAACCUCAACAUGGGGUCAGAGCUGCUGAGGGACCCAUCCCUGGGGACUCAGUUCCGAGUGCAUCUGGUGAAGAUGGUCACCCUGACCCAGCCUGAGGAUGCUCCGAAUAUCACAGCCAACAUCACAGCCUCACUGCUGAGUGUCUGUGAGUGGAGCAGGACGGUCAACCCCGAGGACGACACAGAUCCUGGGCAUGCCGACCUGGUCCUCUACAUCACCAGGUUUGACCUGGAGUUGCCUGAUGGUAACCGGCAGGUUCGGGGGGUCACCCAGCUGGGGGGUGUCUGCUCGUCCUCCUGGAGCUGCCUCAUCACUGAGGAUACCGGCUUUGACCUGGGGGUCACCAUCGCCCAUGAGAUUGGGCACAGCUUGGGCUUGGAACACGACGGCGCGCCCGGGAGCGGCUGUGGGCCCAGCGGCCACGUGAUGGCGUCCCAGGACGCUGCGACCGCCAGGGGUGACCUCUCGUGGUCCGCCUGCAGCCGCCAGCAACUGCUGCACCUGCUCAGCGCAGGACGGGUGCGCUGCCUGUGGGACCCGCCGGGGCCGCAGGCCGGGGCCGCGGGGAGCCCUCCCCGGGCGCAGCCCGGCCUCCACUACGGCGCGGACGAGCAGUGCCGCGUCGCCUUCGGCCCUGCAGCGGUGGCCUGCACCUUCACUAGGGGGCACCUGGACGUGUGCCAGGCUCUCUCCUGCCACGAGGACCCCCUGGACCAAAGCGUCUGUAGCCGCCUCUUGACUCCCCUCCUGGAUGGGACAGAGUGUGGCGAGCAGAAGUGGUGCUCCAAAGGUCACUGCCGCUCCCUGGCGGAGCUGACCCCCGUGGGAGUGGUGCACGGGCACUGGUCUAGCUGGGGUCCCCCCAGUCCCUGCUCCCGUUCCUGCGGGGGAGGGGUGGUCACCAGGAGGCGACAGUGCAGCAACCCCAGGCCGGCCUUUGGAGGGCGUGCGUGUGUGGGCGAUGACCUCCAGGCGGAGAUGUGCAACACCCAGGCCUGUGAGAAGACCCAGCUGGACUUCAUGUCUGAGCAGUGCUCCCGGACGGACAGGAAACCACUACACCUGUCCCCAGGCAACACCUCCUUCUACCGCUGGGGCUCCGCUGAGCAGUACAGUCAAGGGGACGCUCUGUGCAGACACAUGUGCCGAGCCAUCGGCGAGACCUUCAUUGUGAGGCGUGGGGACAGUUUCCUGGAUGGGACCCGGUGUGUGCCAAGUGGUCGGCGGGAGGACGGGACCCUGAGCCUGUGCGUGUCGGGCAGCUGCAGGACAUUCGGCUGUGACGGCAGGAUGGACUCCCAGCAGGUGCGAGACGCGUGCCAGGUGUGUGGAGGGGACAGCAGCACGUGCAGCCCCCGCAACGGCUCUUUCGCGGCCGGAAGAGCCAGAGAGUAUGUCACGUUCCUGACGGUUACCCGCAACCUGACCAGCAUAUACGUCGCCAACCAGAAACCUCUCUUCACACACUUGGCGGUGCGGAUCGGAGGGCGCUACAUCGUGGCCGGGAACUCUAGCAUCUCUCCCAGCACCACCUACCCCUCCCUCCUGGAGGACAGCCGUGUCGAGUACAGAGUGACCCUCACCGAGGACCGGCUGCCUCACCUGGAGGAGAUCCGCAUCCGGGGACCCACUCGGGAAGACGUGGAGAUCCAGGUUUACAGGCGCUACGGGGAGGAGUAUGGUGACCUUGCGCGCCCAGACAUCACCUUCACCUACUUCCAGCCGAAGCAGCCACAGGCCUGGGCAUGGGCCGCUGUGCGGGGGCCCUGCUCUGUGAGCUGUGGGGCAGGGCUGCGCUGGGUGACCUACAGCUGUCUGGACCAGGCCAGGAACGAGUGGGCGGAGGCUGCCCGGUGCCAAGGGAGCCAGCGGCCGGCAGCGCGGCCAGAGUCCUGCGCCCCUGGGCCCUGCCCCCCAGAUCGUAGGAACCACCCCCCUGUCCCACCGAGGCCCGCGCCUGCCUCCGAAUCCUCAACACGGCGCCGCGGGCCCGACGCCACCUGUCAGGGUUCGCACGCACACGAGACGCAGCGGCCAUCCCCGAUCUGGGUGACCCGAUUCUGUCACGGCAGUGAUAUUAUUACGUGGACGGAGGCCCGCUGUCCUCUCUGGAAGGCAGGAGGGCGCCAGGAGUCGGACGCGUGCUCAUCAGCCUGUGAGGCCCACCUGGCUUCGCACAACGGGACGUGUGUGCACGGGGCAGGUGGCCCGGACGCGCUGGCCACAGCCGGGCCCUGCUCCACAGACGAGAAGCUGCCCGCCCUCGAGCCGUGUGUGGCCACGGCAUGUCCUCCGGCACAGGGCCACACAGACCCCCGGUCUCUAGAGGAGGAGGCCACAUCCCCACCGGCCCCUGCCAGGCCGGGGGCCCGCGCCGCACACGUGUGGACUCCCCUGGCGGGGCCGUGCUCUGUCUCCUGCAGUCGAGGCCGGAAGGAGCUGCACUUUGUGUGCGUGGACUCUGUCCUGGGGACCCCUGUCCAGGAAGAGCUAUGUGACCUGGGAAGCAAGCCUGGGAGCCGGCGGGAGGUCUGCCAGGCUGCCCCGUGCCCAGCUUGGUGGGAGACCCGAGCCUUGGCGCCGUGCCCAGUGACCUGCGGAGGGGGGCGGGUGCCACUGGCUGUCCGCUGCGUGAGGCUGGACCGUGGUCGCCCCAUCCCCCUGCCUCACUCCAAGUGCUGGCCGCUGCCCAGGCCCCGCCCCGUCCGGGACUGCAGUCCGGAGCCCUGCCCUGCCAGGUGGCAGUACAAGCUGGCAGCCUGCAGCGUGAGCUGUGGAGGAGGGGUCGCACGGAGGAUCCUGUAUUGCGCACGGGCCCACGGGAGGGACGAGGGCGAGGAGAUCCUGCCGGAUACCCAGUGCCUGGGGCUGCCUCGCCCGGAGCAGCAGGAGCCGUGCGGCCCGGAGCCCUGCCCACCCAGGUGGAAAAUCGUGUCCCUUGGCCCAUGCUCAGCCAGCUGUGGCCUUGGCACCGCCACGCGCUCCGUGGCCUGUGUGCAGUUCGAUCAAGGCCAGGACGUCGAGGUGGACGGGGCGGCCUGUGUAGCUUUGGUACGGCCUCAGGCCAGCAUCCCCUGCAUCACCGCCGACUGCGCCUACCGGUGGCGUGUCAGCACCUGGACACAGUGCUCUGUCUCCUGCGGAGACGGCAUCCAGCACCGGCACGCUGACUGCCUUGGACCCGGGUCCCAGGCACCGGUGCCAGCCCGCUUCUGUCAGCACUUGCCCAAGCCAGCCACGGUGCGGGGCUGCUGGGCUGGGCCCUGCGCUGGGCAGGGGACCCCCAGCCCGGCGCCCCCCGAGGAAGCCACUGCCGGUGCUCCUCCGGAGCGGCCCCGGCCCCAGGCCCACCUCCUCUCCCCAGCUCCCCGGCUUCAGGGGCUUCUGCCUGGGCCCCAGGAAAGCCCGGCUGUGUCCAGCGUCUGUGGCCGGCAGCACCUUGAGCCGACAGGAACCAUUGACAUGCGAGGCCCAGGGCAGGCUGACUGUGUAGUGGCCAUCGGGCGGCCCCUGGGUGAGGUGGUGACCGUUCAAGUCCUCGAGAGUUCCCUCAACUGCAGCACUGGGGACAUGUUGCUGCUUUGGGGCAGGCUCACGUGGAGGAAGAUGUGCGGGAAACUGUCGGACAUGACUUUCAGCUCCAAAGCCAACACGCUCCUGGUGAGGCAGCGCCGUGAGCGGCCGGAAGGCGGAGUUGUGCUGCGGUACCGGAGCCAGCCUGCCCCGGGAGCCUCCCACAGAGAGUGUGAUAUGCAGCUGUUUGGACCCUGGGGUAAAAUCGUGAGCCCCUCGAUGAGUCCACGUGGGAGGAGCCUGGGGGGCUGCCGCAUCUUCAUCAAUGUGGCUCCACGGGCCCGCAUUGCCAUCCAUGCCCUGGUCACCGGCGUGGGCACAGGCACUGAUGCCAGCCACAUCUUGAUCCGGGACAUCCACAGCCUGAAGACGAUGACAUUCCGUGGGCAGCAGGCACUCUACUGGGAGUCCGAGGGAAGCCAGGCUGAGAUGGAGUUUAGCCAGGGCUUCAUGGAGGCGGGCGCUAGCCUGUGGGGCCUGUACUGGACCCUCGGAUCUCGAGUGCAAGAACCUGGCUGGGCCGUACCCUAGCUUCCUCUCCAAGCACAAACCUCCAGUGCCCUGCGUGCACAGUAGGAUGUCUCCUCCAGGUUCUGGAAAGGAAAGAAACGAACUUGACAUUUAUGAGCACCUGUUAGGUGCCUGGCAAGCCCCAGAGGGUUGACUCUGGUCUCUGAGUGCUUUCCAAUUUGAAUUCCGUCCAAUCUUAAGUAUCUCCUUUAGGGCCUCCUCCAACAUGCAAAAGGCUAGGCGGCGGGAGGCAGGGUCUGGACUCUGUCUGGAAAGGCAGUCACCAAGUCCCUCUGUACCAAUAAACGGAAUGUGCAGUCUGA